UUAUUCAACAGGAUACAUUCAGUCUUUCUAGCACAAAUACGCGUCAUACACGCAGGCAUCAAACGAAUAGUUUUUACUCGUGUUUAAUUAAUAUGAUCGAUGGGCGAGCCACGGCGCCCCGUGAAUUGCAAUGUGUAGUACCGCUAUACAAAUUUAAAUUCAAUCUCGACCGCCAGCGGUCAGUGAAAAUGUGUGAGUACUCGUUGACGGUUCACCGAUUAGUACUAGCCUAACCGGAAAAUGAGCGCUCUAACUCUGGAGUUUAGUGAAGUUUUGCUCGGCAUGUGGAAAAUAGUUUGCCCGGUAAAUUCAGGCGUGUGAGCGUUGCGGGAAUGAUUCUGUUGUUGCUCUUUUGUGCAGUGUCGGCGAUUCAUUGGGACGCGCCGUGGCCCUACGACCCUGUGUGGCUGGCCAGCGUGGAACAAUUUGGCCCCGUACCCUCCCUAAAUGAGACCAGGUUCUGGUUUUGGGGAUGGAGUUGGAGCUGGUUUAAGGAAGAAGAUGUGCAGUUCAAGCUCUUUACUAGACGCAACCCGUACGAGUUCCAAGUUCUGAAGACUAACGAUUCAUUAUCUUUACGGGACUCUAAUUUCGACUUUAAUAACAAAGUUAAAGUUCUCGCCCACGGAUGGCUUAACAACGCCGAUGGUCCUAUGCCAGAAUCGAUUAAAGAAGCAUACCUCAACAUAAGCGACUUGAACAUUAUAGUGGUAGAUUGGGGCAACGCGGCCAACGUGAAUUACGUCCUGGCCAGCUACAACGUCGCCAUGGUGGGACGCCUGCUGACCGACUUCCUGAACUUCCUCAUCGUGGAGGGGGUGUCCAUGGACAACGUGCAUCUCAUCGGGCACAGCCUCGGUGCUCAUAUUGUUGGCAUUGCGGGCGAUCACGUCAAAUAUGGACCUGUAGAUACAAUUACAGGUCUGGAUCCUGCAAAGCCGCUGUUCUCGUUGAGCAACAAGGAUGCGCGCCUGGACAAGCACGACGCGCGACACGUUGAGGUCAUCCACACUUGCGGCGAUUAUUUGGGAUUUUCCGACCCCUUGGGGCACAUCGACUUUUACCCGAACGGCGGCACGCGCCAGCCGGGCUGCGGAUAUGAUUAUAGAGGUCUAUGUGCCCACAACCGGGCGCACAUGUUUUUCGCGGAGUCCAUCAUAUCGGAAGUACCAUUCACGGCGGUCCGGUGCCGCGAAUACGACGAGCUGUACUACAACGCCUCGUGCGAGGGCACCGGCGAGACUCUCAUCAUGGGAGGCUUCGAUAUACACUACGGGAAGGAUGGAAUUUACUACCUCAAGACCAACGCAGAAAAACCCUACGCUCUCGGGGAACCGACGUGAAAUGCGAUAAAAUAUGAAUUCUUUGCAUUGCCAACUUCGCCUAUAAAUUAAAUUUUCUUGAGAAUUAUUGCGAGGUGCCGCUUAACA